AUGGCCCUGGUGGCAAACUUGGUUGACUUCGUUGCUUUCCUGGGUGUGGAAAACCUAGGAGAUAAGAAUAUCAGGAACCAAAGAGGCCAGAGUUUGGGAAAUGUGCCAGAGAAGCAGACGGUGCAGAGGAAGGUGCCUUUUUGGCAUGAACUGGAUGGGACGCUCCUGGGACCCACUGCUCUUGGCCCCAGGUGCCGUGACGCUGAUGAGGGUUUGCUGGUGGCCUUCAAUACAGGCUUGGCCCAGAAGAACCUGGAAGAGGCACCAGUGAACUGGACCUUGGUGCACAUGAAGCGAGCAGUAUCAAGGAGUGCCACGACACUGGUGAGGGUGUGGCUGCUGGUUUUGGCCUUCAAUUUAGACCUGGCGCAGAAGAAUCUGGAAGAGGUACCAGUGCAGCCGGACUUUGACGCACAUAAGGUGGAAGGACGUUGGUUUACCAUCCAGCUGGCCACUAACCUCAGGGACCUGGUCUUGCCCACUGACCUCCUGAGACUUUCUCUCCACUCCAUUUGGACCAGAGACAGUGGGGAUGUGGACUUUGUGCUGUUUGAGAAAGGAGAGGGGCUGUGCACAGGCUUGAACGUUACCGUCCAUCCAACUGGGCUCCACGGCCAGUACCAAAGAACCUUUGAUGGGGGCAGACUGCACGUCCAUUUUGUCAGCACUGACUACGACAACCUUAUUCUUUAUGUACGCAUUCAGGACGAUGAAGUUGUCAACCUGUGGGCACUUCUGGCAAGAAGAAUGCUUGAGGACCCCGUGUGGCUGGGCAAAUACCUGGGAUUUGUAGAGAAAUCCCACCUUCACAAGUCCCUCGUCUUCAACAUAGCUGUACAAGGUGCAGUAACAAUGCAGGCUGCUCCCCUGCCGGGCUUCCUUCGGUGA